AUGAUUUAAUCACACCUGCAAACUUUGAUAUUAAUUACACUUUUUAUACAUACUAUUCAGAAAGGUGAAUCUUUAUCUGAUAAAUUCAUAAGCAAAUUAGAGAAGAUUUGUGAAAAUUAAUAAUGUUUGCAUUUACCAAAAGGAUUUAAUGACAAUUGCAUUAAUUGGUGUGUAUCAUCUUUAUGUUUUCUUAACACUUAUGAAGAUAUUCCAGAAGAUGGAGAAACAGAUCAUAAAAGGUAAACUUUCAUUAAACAUUUUAGGAAUAUGUAUUUUAAAAAUUGUGUAAAGAAUAUCCUAAAAGAUUGUUAAACAUCUAAAAUUCCAUUUGAUAAUUGCAGAGAUAAUUUACAUAUAGAUUUUACCAAAUAAUUAUGA